CCUCCUGUGCAGGGGCGGACUGACCAUUUGGAAACUCGGGCACUGCCCGAGGGCCCGGGGUCAGUAGGGGGCCCCAUGAGAUGCCCCUGGUACCUUUUUCAUAGGCUUUUUUGAGUUUUGGCAAGGAUACAGGGGCCCCAUGAUCCUCUAUUGCCCGGGGGCCACAUGAGUUGUCAGUCCGCCCCUGCUCCUGUAUGGUGAUCAUGUGACCAUGGUGAUGCCCCUGGGGUGUGCAUGCUUCAGUCCUGGAAAUGGUGUGCAUGUGCUGCUUUAGCAAGGAGCA